AUGGCUAGCGUUCGCACAUUCCGAAAGGGCGCCGACCUGGUGGCCGCCAGAGCCUCCGCCCUCCACGCCCCCCGCGCCUCUAUCGGCUCCCCACUUCUGCGGAGGGAGCUCUCCUCCGCGGUGCGCCCUGCAACCCGCCAGGCUCCCAGCACCAGAGUUGCUACCCCGGCUGCAAUUGCACCCGUCAAGGCCCAGGCUGUCCGUUAUGCCUCUGGCUCUGCUGGCCCGCUGAGCAAGACUCAGCUGUACGACCUCCAUGAGGCCCACGGCGCUAAGAUGGUGCCUUUCGCCGGCUUCUCUAUGCCGCUGCAGUAUGCCGACCUGAGCCAUGUGGAAAGCCAUAUGUGGACUCGUGAGAAGGCCAGUCUGUUCGAUGUCAGCCAUAUGGUUCAGCACAACCUGAGCGGACCCGGCGCUCUCGAAUUCCUUAUGAAGGUGACCCCAUCCUCCCUGGAUAAGCUGGCACCCAACACCUCAACUCUGUCUUGCCUCCUGGAGGAAGGCACCGGUGGCAUUCUCGAUGAUACUGUCAUCACCCGUCGCAGCGAAGACACCUUCUACUUUGUCACCAACGCCGGCCGUCGUGCCGAGGAUCUUGCCUUCCUGCAAGCCGAGAUCGAGGCCUUUCGUGCCAAGAACGGCGCCGACAGCCUCAAGUGGGAUAUCCUUGAGGACCGCGCACUGGUCGCGCUCCAAGGCCCUCUGGCUGUUAACGUGCUGCAGUCUCUCAUCAAUACUACCGCAUCGACUGCCGAAACCGACCUGAACACUCUGUACUUCGGCAAUUGCCGCGAGCUGUACAUCACUCUCCCCGACGGCAGCGCCUCUCCCCAGCCCCUGCUCAUCUCCCGCACUGGCUACACCGGUGAAGAUGGCUUCGAGAUCUCUAUUCCUACCUCCGCUUCCCAAGCCCUGCCCCAGCAGGUAGUCGAGCUCCUCCUCACCGACAAGAACACCGUCCGUCUUGCCGGUCUGGCUGCCCGUGACUCCCUCCGUCUCGAGGCUGGCAUACUCCCCCCCGACGCUGCCCUCGGCUGGGUAGUUGGCCGCGAGCGUCGCGACCCCGCCACUGCCACUUUCCACGGUGCCUCCGUAAUCCUGUCCCAGCUUGCGAGCCCCAAGUCUCUCAAGCAGCGCCGUGUUGGUCUGACCGUCGAGAAGGGCUCCCCUGCCCGUGAGGGCGCCAAGGUCGUUGACAUCUCUGACCCCGCCAACCCGGUCGAGGUUGGUGUUGUUACCUCCGGUCUGCCCAGCCCUACCCUGGGCGGUACCAACAUUGCCAUGGCAUAUGUUAAGAACGGUCUGCACAAGAAGGGCACCGAGCUAGGUGUCCAGGUUCGGAAUAAGGUGCGCAAGGCUACUGUCGUCGGUAUGCCUUGGAUCGAGAGCAAGUUCCACCGUCCCUCUUAG